AUGAACCAGAGACCUCUCACGGACUGGCUGGCCAUGGAGACCUGGAGCACCCUCCUCAUCUUGCUCCUUGCACCGGUUGAGGCUCAGCAGGCUGUUGAAUACCGCAUGAAGCCAUGGCUUGUGGGCCUCGCAGCAGUGGUUGGUUUCCUGUUCAUCGUGUUUGUUCUCAUGCUCGUCAACCGCAUCUGGUGCUCCAAAGUGAGAGACAAGGAUGAGGAGGAGAAUAUGUUCAGCAUGCAAUCCCCCAAGCCAUACCAGGACUUGGACUUGAGCAAAGAAGAGAGGAAGAAAAGGACUAAGGAGAAGGACAGAGAGGAAGCGAAGGAAGGAGAGAGCAACUUGGGGCUCGAGGUGGAGGAGGAAGACAAGCCCAGAGACAAGGAAGGGAAGAACACAGCCAUGUGA